UGCGAACGACCAGGAUUCUCAGUACAAGGAACCUUAUCAGUAGAAGCUGCACACUGCCGGGAUCCCAGAUAUAAACAGACAGACAGUCUAGGGCGGCAAAAUAUUCCGCUGAAGGAAGUGUCACACCGCCCAAUUCCACCAUCAUUUCCCACACUUUGUUUUCUAUUCAUUCCAUUCCCCAUCCCAAAAGAGAACCGACCAGAUCCAAGGUCCGAGUCCAUCCCUCAGCACAAUAUGGUCCAGGAAUCCGAGCAUGGCGAGACAAUACUGCACUCACUAUAUGACCGUCAGGUCAUCCGGGUAGGAGCACACCUCGUGAAGAAAUCAGGCCCGAACCUCCGGUCCCACGAAGCACCGACGCUCCGUUUCAUCGCAGAGAAGACGACCAUCCCGGUACCCAAGGUGCACGAGACCCACCGGGAGGAAGCCGACGGCGGUCGCGUCACAGCCAUCAUCAUGGACUACAUGCCCGGCCAGCGGCUGGACGAGGCGUGGGCGACCUUCGACCACAAGCAGAAACUCUCCAUCGCGCGGCAACUGCAGGGCUACGUGGCCCAACUGCGCCAGUUGAAAGGCACAUACAUUGGCGCCGUGGAUCACGGCCAGGCCUUCAUUGGCCUGCGGGCAACCAUCGCCGGCGGGCCAUUUGAUUCCGAGGCGCAGUUCAAUGAUUUCAUUUUAAGGGAUCUGGUGAAAUUACCGGAUCUGCUGCAGCACUACGCCAACCAUGCGCUCAUGGAUACGCACGAGAUUGUCUUUACUCAUGGGGAUCUCGCCCCGCGGAAUAUUCUCGUCCAAGGAGAUCGCGUCACUGCUAUCCUCGACUGGGAGGACGCUGGCUGGUACCCGGAAUAUUGGGAAUAUGUCAAGGCCAUGCAACACUUGAAGCCCAUGCCCGACUGGCCCGAAUACCUGUCUGUCAUUCUUCCGCCGCGAUACGAGAAAGAGUACUUAGGAAUGGCCUUUCUGGCGCGUCUACGACGCCACUAGUUGUCCCAACGAUGAAUUCCUUAUAGAAAAUAUACCAGGUACAGUGAUCGAACGAAACCAACAGUCAUCGAACCACAAGUGCAUUGGUACCCUUUUGCUCUUCGAUCCAUAUUGUCCGGAUGCCUUUGCAGUCUGAGAACAAGGGACACUUGUCUG